AAAGAUUAUUAUAGCUUUGUAUUUUAUUUUCUGCAUUGACACCGUGCUAAUUAUUGCUACUGCCAUGACAUCGCAGGGCCUGGAAAGUGAGAUAUUUUAGCACCAGAUUACAAUUGUUCUCAUUAAAUAGAAAUAAGAUAUUCAACUAUUGGAAUAUUUACAAUCUUCAAGCUAUUACAAUUGCUGAAACACAUAAACCUGUAACAAUGAGCAUUUAGCUAUGACAUACUGACGAUAACACAAUAGUUCAUGCUGCUUAGAAGAAUCUUGUUCAUACAUGCCACAGCUAGAUUGGAGCUAGGUCCCAGAGGACCUAGCAUGGGCCACUAUGAAUCCACCUGCGGUCAGCAAGUCGAGCACUCGUGGCUCUGGAUAUCAUCAAAAAGCACUAGCUGAGAUCCGUAAUUCACUGCUUCCGUUCGCAAAUAGCGGAGGAGCAGGUGAAGUUGGUUCCAGUGCCGCGAGUACUAUUUCAACACUCUCUACCACCAGCGGUGUUAGUUCAGCCUCAGGUCUCAGUGGACUCUCUGGCGCAUCUGGGUCUGCUGCUGAUAAACCUGAUCAACGUCAGGCAGUAGCACAGCUAUUAGCAAUGGGCUAUUCCGAGGAUAUAGGAUUGCGUGCCCUGAAGCAAACAGGCUGGAGAUUGGACGCGGCUUUAGAGUUCUUGAAACAAGUGCAAGUUGAAUCUCUAAAUGGUCUUGGCAAAUUGAACACGAAGUUGAUAAGAAAGCCAAGUUUAGAACGAGAGUUGAGUCUUCAACGUGGUAGUCCUGCCUUAGACAGCGGCGCCGGAAGUUCCCGAUCGGAUAGUCCACGUCUGACGGAACUGAGUCCACAUCCUCAGUUAAGCAGACAAUACUCACCCAGUAGUUUCGUAGAACGAGAACCUCCGCCACCGCCACCACCAAGAUGCAGCUCAACACCACCACCACCACCACCUCCACACGCCCCAUACAGUCAGCCAAACGUACCCACCAAUAUGCAACAAAUGCUCAAGCGAAUGUCACCAGCCCCAGUUGUGCCUUCUCGUCCACCUCCAGCGGCGCCUGGAACCGCCGGUUCGACGUCUGGCUCCGUCAAUCCACCUCAAAGAGGCACGAGUCCCGUGGCGACAUCCAACAGUAGUUCCAACGGUCGUCAACCGAUGAUCGUGCAGAAUGGCCCUCAGGUCCAACAACAGCUCACUCAACAAAUGCAAGCUCUGAGUAUUUAUCAGUCAGCAAACAAUAGCUCGAGUGCUCAGGUAGAACCGCCACCACCGUAUCCCAUAGUACCCUCCUCGUCGGCUGGUCCCGUUCAGCCACCCUCGUACAGUGCAUCUAUGCAAAACCGUCAGAGUCCCACACAGUCCCAGCAGGAUUAUCGAAAGAGUCCAUCAUCAGGUAUUUAUUCAGGACCUACAUCUGCUGGAUCACCAAGUCCCAUAACGGUAUCCACAGUCUCACCAAGUACUCAAACCUCAAUGGCCAGACCUACACCGUUACAGGCCUGGGGUGCUCGUCAGGCAAAGACCCAACCUCUAGUGAUCAUGCAAUCAGUGAAGAGUACCCAGGUCCAGAAACCGGUGUUGCAAACAGCCAUUGCGCCAACAUCACCUCAACCGAUUUCCACAACGAGUAACACUCCACCACCACCGCCAUCCUACGCCUCCUCAAUUCAACAGAAGCAACAGCAACAACCACCCCCGGCGUAUCCUCCAGUGAACAACGCCGGUACUACACCAGCUAGUUCUAUAAGCAUGGGCGUUCCUGUAGGAGUUCCUACAACGGAGCCACCUAGUUAUGCCACAACGAUGCAAGCUUUAGCUGCCCAAAGAGGAAUGCAUCAUCCUCUUCCUCCACCACCCUAUGGAACACCCACCGACGACUCUUCCGGCAUAUCUACUGUGGAAAGUGGCACCACACCGAGAUCCUCACCAGUAGCACAUCAUCCACCGCUUCAAAGAAAGUACUCACCCGCUGAGAGUGGUCAGCAUCCAUCGGAAACACCUCCGUUACCACCAACUGCCUCUACUUCUGUCUCGUCGAGGAACAACAAUAAUCAUCCUUCCUUACCCGAUGGAAGCGGUGCAAAGGGUGGUCCCUCGCCAUCAUCAUACAAGAUAAAACAUCAAUCUCCUAUACCUGAACGGAAACACAUGAGCAAAGAGAAAGAGGAGGAACGUAGAGACUGCAAAGUACGCAACUAUUCACCCCAGGCGUUCAAGUUCUUCAUGGAGCAGCACGUAGAGAACGUAUUAAAAUCCCACAAACAACGGCUCUACAGGCGUCUUCAGCUGGAAACGGAAAUGGCAAAGAUUGGCCUGAGUACUGAAGCUCAAUGUCAAAUGAGGAAAAUGUUAUCUCAAAAGGAAUCGAAUUACAUCAGGCUCAAGAGAGCCAAGAUGGACAAGUCUAUGUUCACGAAAAUAAAGCCAAUCGGCGUUGGUGCUUUCGGUGAAGUGACUCUAGUAAGAAAACUUGAUACUAAUCAAUUUUACGCCAUGAAGACGCUUCGCAAGGCCGACGUUCUAAAUCGUAAUCAAGUUGCCCACGUGAAGGCAGAACGCGAUAUUCUGGCGGAAGCUGAUAACGAAUGGGUCGUCAAGCUUUAUUAUUCCUUUCAAGACAAGGAUAAUCUUUACUUUGUCAUGGAUUAUAUUCCUGGUGGGGAUCUGAUGUCCCUUCUCAUUAAAUUCGGCAUCUUCAAAGAAGCCUUGGCGAGGUUUUACAUCGCUGAGUUAACGUGCGCCGUGGAAAGUGUUCACAAAAUGGGAUUUAUUCACAGAGAUAUAAAGCCGGAUAAUAUUCUUAUCGACCGGGACGGACAUAUAAAGCUCACGGAUUUUGGAUUGUGCACUGGGUUCCGUUGGACCCACAACUCAAAGUAUUAUCAGCAAAAUGGUCACGGUAAGCAGGAUUCCAUGGAUCCAGCUGACGAUUGGAACAACGAAUGUCGGUGCAUCCAGUUAAAACCAUUAGAACGAAGACGUCACAGAGAACAUCAACGAUGUUUAGCUCAUUCUCUUGUUGGUACACCCAAUUACAUUGCACCAGAAGUACUACAACGUACAGGUUACACGCAGUUGUGCGACUGGUGGAGUGUGGGUGUAAUACUCUACGAGAUGCUUGUGGGUUCUCCGCCAUUUCUCGCAAAUACACCAGCAGAAACGCAGUACAAGGUAAUAAACUGGGAGACAACACUGCAUAUUCCAAAACAAGCAAAUCUCUCGCCAGAAGGGAUGGACCUAAUACUGAAGCUUUGCGUGGGUGCUGAUCGUCGGCUGGGAAAGAAUGCGGAUGAGGUGAAAAGCCAUCCAUUUUUUGCUAGCAUUGAUUUUGAAAAAGGUUUACGUCGCCAGGCGGCGCCACAUAUACCUCGCAUACAGUACCCUACCGACACGAGUAACUUUGAUCCGGUGGAUCCUGACAAAUUGAGAAAUUCCGAAUCCUCGGAUUCAAAUAAGUCGGACGAACUCCUAGACAACGGGAAACCAUUUCACGGUUUCUUCGAGUUCACAUUUAGACGCUUCUUUGAUGAUGGUGGUGGUCCUGCAUAUCCUAGUCGAAUAAGUUUGGACGAUAACGACAAUCAAGGUCCUGUUUAUGUAUGACAUUAGGCUAGUUUAACGAGGCGACGAUCGUAAGGCAAAUUCACGCCAGCGAUUACUUGUCUUACGUUUGUUUCACAUUCUCCAAGGAAACUACUUCUUCCUCCUCUCUUUUAUUACUUCUUCUUUCUUUUCGUCCCUCGAUCCUACGCCAUACUGAGCUCUCGUGAACGAAGUCACAUCCACUUCGAAUCUGCGACGUUGCCCUGUAUUUCUUUUUCUUUCCUUCACUAUGAACAAUUUAUCACAACUUAACGUAAUCGGACGAGACUGUACAGCAAACGUGCAUUGUUAACGUGACGUUUUUUCGUGAUCGGUUGCAUCGAUCGAAUCAACUGCGUCACUUGCAGUGACCGCCGCAUUUUAUAUCAGGUCCAUUCGCGAUGAAUAUUCGACGUCCAACGUCGAUCGCCAAUAUGGUAAGAAUCGAUAAUCGACAGGAUGAAAUUUUUCAAUUAGCUCGACAGUGUCGAUUUUUGAAAAUUUUUCUCACCGGUGCAUCCGUAGCUACCACCAAUACGUCCAUUACGUUAUUUUACAGUGGUGUAUAGGUGUCUCGCAUAAUCGGACGAAGCGUAACUCUCAUAGCGUACUAUAACUGUGCAAAAAGUAAAAUUUAAAAAAACGGCGAAGCGACGUCGCGUUGUUUUUCGCGCUGAGGAGGAAUAUAUUUUGUUUUUAUUCCAUUAUGGCUUAAUCGCGAUACGAGGAUCGCGGAUACAAGAUAAGACGAAGUUUCAAGGUACAAUUUCGGCUUAAAGGCGAAUGUGUUUAUAAUGAUGGGCGACGGCCGGGGAGUAUAAAGGAGAGCGACAAGAUUGACUCAUGGCUUGGCAAUGUAUUGUCAUAAAAGUAUAUUUUGCAGAUAUUUUGCUUGCCAUUUUCAUUCGUUCGCAUCGGCUUUCAUUAUCGGAAAGUACACGUUUAGUAUGUUUCAGCAAGUACUGUGAUAUUGCAGAUAAUUAGUAUAAUGUGGCUUAUAAACUAUUAUAUUGGUCCUAUUUAACGUUUUCUUUUAUAUCAAACGAUUACUUCUAAUAUUAUUAUUAUUAUUAUUGUAUUAAUUAUUGUAUAGAUUCUGUGAAUGAAUGUAAUGUGUUCAUUGCGUAUUAUGCAGCUUUUAAAUGUCUAAACGUUUUGUAAUACCCACUUACUCUAAGCAACAUUGCUUGAUAUAUCGUCACAAUACAUACGUUAGCCGUGUCCGUUCUUCUCUGUAAGAUUAAUCAGUUGCGUAAUCUUUGAAUUUGCUGUUGCACAAAAGAAAAGACAGUUUUUAGUCUAUACGAGCAGAGGGAAAGAGAGAAAGAGAGUGCGAGCAAAGCAUUGUAUCGAGCAACUAGUCGCAAGGGAAUGUAAUUUUGGAUUUUAAAAAAGAUAAAAGUAAACGGAACUAAUUAGAAAAUUCGGGAUUCAGGAUAACGCGCGGUGAUUUUGUAUUGCGCAAGCGAAUUUUGUCGGUAAUUUAAAAAUUCAAUGGCUGUUUUGCCUUUUGAUUAUAGAACGAACAAAGAAGCAACGAUCGAUUCGUUUAAUCAGGGAUCAGUUGUUUUUUUGACGGCAACAGGAGUGCCUUGUGUCAUUGGACAAAAGUGCCUUCUAUCGUAAAAUAAUGUUAAUAACGAUUAGGUAUUCUCGUAGAAAUUUACCUCUCUCUUUCGGCGACGGUAAAUAAUUUUUAUUUGCCUCAUCUUCGACAUUCGUGCCCUCGUUACGUAACCCGAGGUUAUACGUACGGUGAGGCUUGACUGUUGGAUGUUAGGCAGUGCACGCUAAAGAAUUGCAAUUGUAUGUACUAUGUACAAAGUAAAAAGAAAAAAAGAAACAAACUAUGAACUUCUAUAUUAUUAUACAAUGCUGUUCAAAUCGAAAUAAUAUUUUGAACGAUAUCUUUGUACGGAGCUAUUAAAGAUUUUCUUAUAUAAAAAGGUAAACGUUCGUUUUUUCGUCUACCUACGCGGUUCUGAGGUAGCGUUACGCGAGCGUACGUUAAUUAUGAUUAUCCAAUUGUAAACGUUUACCGGAUAAUCCAUCUUAUGAAAUUUCAUAAUUUAAUUGUUACAAUUAAUGAAUGUACAAUAAAACCGAACGAUCGAACUGUUGUGAACAGAGGAUACACGUGACGGUUAAUCAACCGAAUGACUUUAGAUGAUCGUUUAUACUUUUUAAGAGUACAACUUUCUUUCUUCAUUUCUUUUUUCUCUUUUCUCUUGACUCUCCCUGCUGCUAUCACACACCCGAUUAAUUUAACGAUCGCGAUGCAAUAAGUUUAAACUGCACUGUCCUAUGGCUGCUGUCAUAUUUAUAUGACUUUCGUCAAAGUCCUUUUGUGCCUUAAAUAUUUUAAUUAAGCCAAAUUCCUGUAUGAUAUCGACAGUGUUUCGCUAUUAAGUAUUUAUUGUUAUUAGGCGCUUACAUUUGUCAAUGUACAGGGUAAAGGAAUUGUUGUCGAGUCUUUCGCGACAGUGAAUAUUAAUAUUAUAUAAUUCAUUGAUUGAAUUUGUGUCGACGUAGUUACGCCAUGUAAAGGCAUUUAAGGAUUUGAGAAGAAGAAAAGAACAAAUAAUAGAAACCUCUCUCACACAUAAGUUAGGUCACAUUUUAAUUAUUGUUAAAGCCAUCCAUAUCUUUGAACGUACAAAACGUUAUCAUUCGUUAUUAUCGUUUGACUCCUUAAUUAUUUCGUCUUUUUCUCUUUUUCUCUGCGUCACCCAUCGCUCCGUCAGUUACUUAUGUGGAAAAAAAAAGAAUUACUGUCUUACAUACCGAAUCAUUACGUAGCAUUAAAA